GCCAUUUUACUAUACAUUUGUGAAUAGAGAAGUCUUGGGUGUCAAGCCACAUAGUUAUAGUACACGGUGUUCAAUAUCAUUACAACUCCCAUGACGAUGGGGCUCCCUUUGCUUUUGGUCUCUAUUGUCCUUUUUUUGGCGCCGGAGCAAUAUGCCCAGUCGACAAUGGACACCGUAUCCCAGGGACUUGAAAAUUUUUCCCUCGAUUUCCUGCAACGCGUAGCCUUGAUCAGUGAAAAAUACAACCAUAACUUCAUGAUAUCGCCCUUCUCCGUGUGGUCCCUCCUGGUGCUCCUCUACGAGGGAUCGGAAGGGGUAACCCGCAACCAGCUGCGCCAGACCCUGCGCAUCAAUGUGGAUGACAAGUCACUACGAAGCUUCUACGAGGCGCGGGGACAAUUGCUGAACACCGCAACAUCCGGAGUCGAUGUGGACUCUUUGCUGGCCAUUUACACCGACAAGAGGUAUUCAAUCAAGAGAGGCUACCGGGACACCAUCCAGAACUACAAAGUCCAGCCCCACCAGGUGGACUUCUACGCCGAGGACACGGUGCGCCGGAUCAACGACGCCAUAAAGAGCAGCACCCGAGGUCUUAUAAAAGGCUCUGUGAAGCAACAGGAUUUGCAGGGAGCCAAGAUGUUUCUGCUCUCUGCGCUUUAUUUCAAGGGCCAGUGGAAGUUGCCCUUCAACAAAACCCUGACAAGAGAUGAGCCCUUCUACAACGAGAAGGGUGAGGUCAUCGGCCAGGUACCCAUGAUGGUGCAGGAAGCGAACUUCGCCUACGCCUCCAACAUAGAGGGCCUGAAUGCCUAUGCCCUGGAGCUGCCCUAUGGAGCCGAGGAGAGGGUUUCUAUGAUCGUGUUGCUGCCCAAACGUGGCGUCAAACUAAUGGACUUGGCCAACAAUCUGAAGACCAUCGGAUUGCGGCCCAUCCUUCAGAAGCUGGCUGCCUUCAGGAGUACUGCCCCUAUGGACAACGUGGUGGAGGUCCUGAUGCCCAAAAUCAAGACAUCCUCGAAGCUCGCAUUGAAGACUAUCCUUAUGCAGAUGGGCAUUCGGGAUCUGUUCGAUGAGCGUUUCGCCAACCUGAACCGCAUCGCGUUGGGAUUGUUUGCUUCACAAGUCGACCACUCCACCAAGAUCAUUGUGGACGAGGAAGGCACCACAGCGGCAGCGAUUACGGUGGCUUUACUGGUUAACAGGGCCGCUCCGCCCAAGUUCCAGAUGAACAGGCCCUUCCAGUACAUGAUCGUGGAUAAGGCGACUGGCCUGCUGCUCUUCGCCGGCCAAGUGAGGAAUCCCAAUGAGGAAUAAAGGUCAGAGCCGGACUUUAGUCAUAAUCCUCUUUUUAUGGAUUCUUGGUUAUACCGUAAAUAUGAAUAAAAUGACUGGUUUAUAACGAAAUGUUAUAAUCAAAAGUCCGAUGCUGAAAUAUAAAAA